AAAUUGUGGGUGGCAGCAGGGAUCCAAGCAGGCCCCUGAGGUGCUAGGCAGAGAAAGCACAGACACAGGAAACAAGAGGCUGAAGAGAGUCACCAUCAGCAUCCAAAGCAGCUCCCAAUUGUUGGUGAAACUACCAGAGGGAGACUGUUAAAUCAUGAAGUUCAUUGCCAUCCUUCUCCUUUUCUCCAGACUGCUACCAAGUUUAACCAAGGAGGACAACUGGCAAGCAAUCGACUGCAAUGAUGAAGAUGUAUUUAAGGCUGUGGACUUAGCUCUGAAGGAAUAUAACAGUGGAAGCAAAAGUGGCAACCAGUUUGUGCUGUACCACAUAACUGAAGUCAACAAGACGGAUGACGAGCAACCAUUCUAUUCAAUCAAGUACCAGAUCAAGGAGGGAGACUGUCCUGUUCAAAGUGACAAAUCCUGGCAGGAUUGUGACUACAAGGAAGCUGAGCAGGCUGCCACAGGAGAAUGCACUGCAAUUGUGGCUGAAAGAGCAAAUAAUCUCUUCCUGUCUACCCAGACCUGCCAGGUUACUCCAGCCAGGGGCCCUGUAGUGACAUCGCAGUAUGACUGCCUCGGCUGUGUGCACCCCAUCUCAGCUGCCAGCCCGGGCUUGGAACCUGUUCUCAGACAUGGCAUUCAACAUUUUAACAACCACACUGACCAUUCCCACCUGUUUGCCCUGAAAGAAGUAAAACGGGCACACAGACAGGUGGUAGCUGGAUGGAACUAUGAAGUUACUUACUCUAUUGAACAAACUAAUUGUUCCAGGGAGAAUUUUCUAUUCUUAACUCCAGACUGCAAGUUCCUUCUCAAUGCUGAUACUGGUGAAUGUACAGCUCAUGCACACAUGGAUCUUCAGCUAAGAAUUGCUACCUUCUCACAGAACUGCAGUCUUCAUCCAGGGAAGGAUUUUGGACGAUUCUGCGCGGGCUGCCCCAUUGAGAUCCCUGUUGACAGCCCACAACUAAAGGGGGUUCUGAAUCAUUCCAUCACAAAGCUUAAUGCAGAGAAUAAUGGAAUUUUCUUUUUCAAGAUUGACACUGUGAAGAGAGCAACAACACAGGUGGUGGCUGGAAUAAUAUAUUCUAUUGAGUUCCUGGCCAGGGAAACUACAUGUUCCAAGGAGAGUGAUAAAGAGCUGACUGAAGAUUGCAAGAUCAAUCUACUUGGAGAAAUUCUAAACUGCACUGCUAAGGUUUAUGAGAAACUAUGGUUGAAAGAAAUUUACUCUACUAUCAAGUGUCGACCACUACAAAAGACCGUAAUGCUGAGAAGACCUCCAGGUUUUUCACCUUUCCGAUCAGUACAAGUGGAGGAAACAAAGGAAGUAACAACUAAGCGACUAAGUCAUUGCGAGUACAAGGGCCGAACUCGGGAGGCAGGGGCAGAGCCAGCAUCUCAGAGUGAGGUCUCCUGACCAGUGGGCAGAAUCUCCAUGCCUGGCACAAUAGCCCCAGCAAUCAACGUGUCAGCAGCCCUGCGUGGAAGGACAAGAAGGUGGGGGAGAAUGCAGUUGAGAAGAACGCCACUUUACCACUCUGUGUCUUGGUGAAAUAAAGUUUGAUCUUGAUGUUCU